AUGGCACACAGCGGUCAGUGGAGCUAUGCGGUCCCUCUGGAAGAGACGGACGGCAAUGCGAGGCCAUUGCGCGAACAAACAGAUUACAAUGCCGCAGAAGACGCGAAAGGCCUUCGACAGACCUCGAGCGCCUGGGAUCUGAUGUCCGAUUCGGAGACUACCAAGCAGAGGAGGACGUCAUUGCGAGCAACUAACACUGCUGCUGGAAGGAAGCGCUCGCGCAACCAGCUGCGAGAGAAUCGCCCGCAGGACGAGAAGACUGGAGAGCGCGUGGAUGAUUCGGCAUGGAUUCACAGGGACAAGCUGGCGCAGAUAGAGAUUCAGGAGAUGGAAGCGGCCGGCAUCUACAUGCGAUCCUCCUCCCGAAGAUCAGAGAGUGCGGGUCCAGGCCCUCGCGACCGCAGAACCAGCCGCUCCGUGAGCCGCUCGGUGAGCCGCUCGCGACGACCUAUGAGCAGGACGAGUCACGAGCGCCAGAACGAGAUCAACAACGACGAGGACUAUGCCGCAGCUUACCCUGGGCACGAAGAGUCUCCGCGAAAGCGAGUGUCUACCGUGCUCUCGGCCACAGAUGAAGAAGCAGAAGCAUCGCGGGGACAAGAGCCAGAACGCUACGACUCGCACUUCGACCACCAAAAGGAUGGCGAGUUUCGUUCGGCUGAAGAGGUGGCUGCGGAACUGCAGAGGCAGAGACAACAGCAGCCGAUACCCCCCCGACCAGGAACCUCACGGAUACCAAUCUCCAGAAUCAGUCCCGUGCCCGUACCGCAACAGGUGGUAGACCGAGACUCUCCACUUCCCCGCAGUCGUGCUGACAGUCAGAACUGGAACGGCAGCAGCUUUGAUGAGAUGCAAUAUGCGAGGAAGGCACGAAGUGGCAGUAUCAGCAGUCAAGUCUUGCUCGAUUCCGAUCCGGAUGCCCUGCGAACCACGCCUCCGGGAAGCUCCAACAAAACCUCUUCGAAUGAAGAGAACUCUCCAACAAAGACACGUGUUCCAAAGAAGACUGCCCCAACUGGGCGCAAGGCUUCUGUUGGCGCAGCCACAGCAAUUCGAUCCGACGCUUCGCAUCAGAAAAGCCGCACUACCUCGGCAUCCGCCACGAGGCGGCCAGGCUCGAACUCUGGACACAAGUCACGCCCUUCGACUAGUCACUAUACACCGGAGGGAGAAGCACCUUGGAUCUCAACGAUGUAUAAGCCGGACCCGCGCCUUCCACCUGAUCAGCAGAUGCUUCCAACGCACAAGAAACGUAUGAUGCAAGAGCAGUGGGAGAAGGAAGGAAAGACCGGCACUGUCUACGACCGCGAUUUCAAUCUGCUGAAUGAUGAGGAGAUUCCACCACCGAAACGUCCCAUCUUGUCUGUGGAUAGCGCGAAUUUGGCACCACCGCCACGUAGCCCAUCGCCUCAGAAGGAUAGGUCGUCACCUCAUGGAUCCGCCAACGGAGGACCAUGGCCUCUCAGUCCGAAGAGCGACACCAGGAGCGACAGCGGGAGCGUUCGACCUGGCACGAGCCGAGGCUACAAGAUUACACCUACCAUUCCUUCCACUCCUUCCUUUCAGCGGUCGCCAGUACCUUCUCCAGCACCGCCGCAACCUAUGGCGCAAACCACCCCUCCUCGUGUACCGGAACUGGACGAGAAGGACGAAGCGCAGCCGUCGAAGAAAGGAUGUUGCUGUGUUGUCAUGUGA